AUGGUUGAGAUGGCGACUGGGUCGUCGACGACGACGAUCCAAAACUCGGGGGCUUCUUUAUCGUCGUCGGAGUCAAUAUUGACGAAUUAUCCACUGAUCUCUGCUUUUCUUGCCUUCGCUAUUGCCCAAUCUAUCAAGUUUUUCACCUCCUGGUAUAAGGAAAGACGAUGGGAUCUUAAGCAACUAGUUGGAUCUGGUGGAAUGCCAUCCUCACAUUCUGCUACAGUUGCUGCUCUUGCCAUGGCCGUUGGAUUCCAAGAGGGCUUCGGAGGAUCGUUGUUUUCGAUUGCAUUGAUAUUAGCAUGCGUUGUGAUGUAUGAUGCAACAGGUGUAAGACUACAGGCUGGACGCCAAGCAGAGGUCCUGAAUCAAAUCCUGUAUGAACUUCCUGCUGAACAUCCUCUUUCUGAGAGCAGACCGCUGCGUGAACUUCUUGGGCACACCCCGCCUCAGGUUAUUGCUGGCGGUUUGCUUGGUCUUGUCACAGCAGUUAUUGGCCAUCUGAUCACGAUCCUGACAACUAGUCGAAGUUGAUACCUGACGAGAUCAGAGAUACAACGUACCAUUUAGCUGAUUCUAAAGUUCAGAUCACUAAAAGGACAGAAACUUGGAGACCUGUAAUUGUAGUGGUGCAUAAAAGCUCAAAUGCUGAGAACUCGAGAUUGUGUAGUCUCAAAUGCAGCAUAGUUGCUUUUCCAUUGAACGUAGCUUGUAUUCAUUCUAGUUGCAGCAUUGCAGUAUCUGAUGUAAUCAUCAUGCAUGUUGAACUCCUCCCAUUGUUUUUACCGGUAUAUAAUUCUUGCAGAUUGCAAAAGCAAUUUUACAGGAGUCA